ACCGCAGACCCGACUACGCGUUACCUCCGGGUCCACCACGCACACAGUUCGUCAACACGGUUCGUUCGCGACGCACGCCCGUCGACGUACGACGGUGAUUUUAAAACGUAACGUGUUUGUAAAUGUAUAAAAUAUAUAUUCGAUUUGAUUUUUUCAAUACCCGAUUUCAACGUUUUUACCACCCGUGAUAAAUACUAGAUAAUAAAUAAUAAUUAUACGCCAUAUACGCGGGAACGAUUAUUUAGUGGGUAUUGUAGGACUUGACGUGAUGCCGUCGUUAGCGAUCGCAAGACUACCCUCGGAUUAUAUAGUGCGCGGCAUAAUAUAGGUUUAUAUAUUAUACAAAAUCGUAUAGUAGUUCCGUAUAAGUAUCGGAAAACAUAACGACGACGAAGACAACGAUGAACGACGUCGCCAAAUACUCGAAGGCUCCGGUGCCGGUGCUGUUUCUGCUGACGCUGUGCUCGAUCACGGCGUUACUGUCGACGACAAAGUCAGCUGCACAAAAACAAUUUAGCUUCACGGAAAAACAGAGGUAUGAUGGAUGGUUCAACAAUCUGGCGCAUCCGCAAUGGGGUUCAAUCGAUAGUCACAUGACCAGAAAAACACCUGCCAGUUACUCCGAUGGGGUAUACAUGAUGUCUGGUCAAGACCGACCAAGCCCCAGAAAAUUAAGCUCGUUAUUCAUGAAAGGAUCGGACGGUCUGUCAUCAUUGAAGAACAGAACUGCGAUUUUAGCGUUUUUCGGUCAAGUCGUGAGCUCCGAAAUCGUAAUGGGCAGCGAAAGCGGUUGUCCUAUAGAAGUGCAUCCAAUUGAAAUCGAAAAGUGUGACGAGAUGUACGACCACGAGUGCGAAGGCGGUAAAUCGAUACCGUUCCACAGAGCUGGUUAUGACCGGAACACCGGUCAAAGUCCAAACACGCCGAGACAACAGAUAAACCGCGUAACCAGCUGGAUUGACGGAAGUUUUAUCUAUAGUACAAGUGAAGCGUGGAUAAAUGCUAUGAGGUCUUUUAAAAAUGGUACGCUACUCAGCGAGCCCACUAAUGGAUUUCCAGUGAGGAACACGAUGCGUGUUCCUUUAUUCAAUAAUCCUGUUCCCAAUAUUCUGAGGACGUUGAGUCCCGAGAGACUUUUCCUAUUGGGAGAUCCCAGAAGCAAUCAAAAUCCGGCUUUGUUGUCGUUUGGGAUAUUGUUGUUCAAAUGGCACAACGUGAUCGCCGAUAGGGUCCAGCAAGACCAUCCGGACUGGUCCGAUGAAGAAGUGUUUCAGAAAGCUAGGCGAUUCGUGGUGGCAACUUUACAGAAUAUCAUUGCUUACGAAUACAUACCCGCAUUCUUGGGAACAGAACUUCCAGAGUAUACGGGCUACAAGCUAGAUGUACACCCAGGUAUCAGCCAUGUGUUCCAAUCGUCGGCCUUCCGAUUUGGACACACGAUGAUCCCUCCUGGUAUAUAUCGGAGGGACGGAAAAUGCAACUAUCGGAAAACAGCUAUGGGGAAUCCGGCUCUGAGACUGUGCGCUUAUUGGUGGGAUUCCAGUGACGUAAUGUCUGACAGUAGCGUCGAAGAGUUCAUGUUGGGCAUGGCUUCGCAGCUGGCCGAACGAGAAGACGCGGUUCUCUGUUCGGAUGUCCGUGAUAAACUAUUCGGACCCAACGAAUUUUCCCGGAGGGAUCUAGGCGCACUCAACAUAAUGCGUGGCAGGGACAACGGGCUAGCAGAUUACAAUACGAUCAGAACGUAUUUCGAACUGCCCCGAGUCGAAAAGUUCGAAGACAUAAACGAGGAGCUGUUCCGACGCCAUCCUGAUUUGGCGGAAAAAUUGGAAAAAGCUUACGGCAGUGUAGACAAUGUGGAUUUGUAUAUCGGAGGCAUGUUAGAGUCAAAAGACGGUCCUGGUGAACUAUUCACUGCAAUAAUAAUAGACCAGUUCGUUCGAAUCAGAGAAGCCGAUAGGUUCUGGUUCGAGAACGAUAAAAACGAUAUGUUCACGGAAGAAGAGCUUGAGUGGGUACGUUCGGUGACUCUGUGGGACGUAAUAGUAAACAGUACAGAUAUAGAACCGGACAUGCUACAACGGGAAGUCUUCUUCUGGAAUGAAGGAGAUCCGUGUCCACAGCGUCAAAUAGAACCGUCCACAUUAGAGCCAUGUUCGUAUCUAAAAGGAUUUGAUUAUUUCGAGGGAAACGAAUUGGCAUAUAUAUACGUUUGUAUAUUUUUGGGAGUCGUUCCGCUCAUUUGUGCUGGGGCCGGCUACGGUGUCGUAAAACUCCAGAACAAACGCAAAAGACAUUUAAGGAUGAAGCAAGAAGAAAUGAAAUCGGGAAAUAAAUCUAAUGGAAUAACAGUAGAGAAGAUGUCGGUAAGAGAAUGGCUGCACGCAAACCAUAGACGUUUGGUGAAGGUGCGAUUCGGCCCUCAAGACGAGAUGCAUACAGUGGACCGAAAGGGAGAGAAGCUGAGAUCGGUGAAUUUCGCCAAAUGUGACACGAUAACCGUUGAAGAAUCACAGGUUGAUGGUAGCAAAAAAAAACGUCCAUUGGUUUUGAUUAGAGUGCCGAAAGAUCACGAUCUGGUGCUCGAAUUCGACUCUGUGGGCGAGAGACGAAAGUUCAUUAACAAGUUCGAAGCAUUUUUGAAUUCGCACAAAAAACAUUUAGUCACACUACAGGCACCCAGAGACUUCCUAUUGGCCCAAGCCGAAACGCGGGAGAGAAGACAAAAAAGACUAGAACACUUUUUCAGAGAAGCAUACGCGCUCACUUUUGGACUUCGACCGGGUGACCGUAGAAGAGGUGACGAAGACGGAGACGUGGUCAUGCGGACUUCAUUAUCGAAAGCUGAGUUCGCGUCUGCAUUGGGUAUGAAGGCAGACGCGGUGUUUGUCAGAAUGAUGUUCAACAUCGUUGAUAAAGACAGCGACGGGAGAAUAUCAUUCCAGGAAUUUUUGGACACUGUUGUUCUUUUUUCACGGGGUAAAACUGAAGAUAAACUUCGAAUCAUAUUCGAUAUGUGCGACAACGAUCGAAAUGGAGUCAUUGACAAAGGAGAAUUCUCCGAAAUGUUAAGGUCCUUAGUUGAAAUCGCUCGGACCACUAGUUUGUCUGAUGCUCACGUCACCGAACUGAUUGAUGGGAUGUUCCAAAAUGUGGGAUUGUCGAAUAAAGAUUUUAUGACGUAUGCAGACUUUAAGCUCAUGAUGAAAGAGUACAAAGGUGAUUUUGUUGCAAUUGGAUUGGAUUGCAAAGGUGCAAAACAAAACUUCUUAGACACAUCGACCAAUGUUGCACGAAUGACCAGUUUUCACGUAGAUCCUUCUCUUCACGAUGACAAAGGGAAAAUCAAGAGUCGUAUUGAUUGCAUUGUCACAUAUUUGGAAGAAAACAGACAAAAUAUAUUUUAUUUGUUCGUCUUCUACGUUAUCACUAUUGCAUUAUUUGUUCACCAAUUCAUAUAUUAUUCAUUUUUGGCUGAACACACGGAUCUCCGGCACAUAAUGGGAGUAGGCAUAGCGUUGACAAGAGGAUCCGCGGCCUCUUUGUCAUUCGGGUAUUGUUUAUUAUUGCUCACCAUGUCGAGAAAUCUACUGACGAAGCUAAAAGACUUCUCCAUACAACAGUAUAUACCAUUGGACUCUCACAUACCAUUCCACAAAGUGAUUGCUUGUACUGCAUUCUUUUUUUCCAUCAUACACACCGUCGGUCAUAUAAUAAAUUUCUAUCACGUAUCCACACAACCAUUAGAAAACCUCCACUGUUUAACGUCCGAAAUACACUUUCCAUCCGAUUAUAAGCCAGGAAUAUCGUUCUGGCUCUUUAAAACAAUUACGGGAGUUACCGGAGUGUGUUUGUUCGUGAUAAUGAUCAUCAUAUUUACGUUUGCGCAUCCAAUCAUACGGAAAAAAGCGUACGUGUACUUCUGGUCCACUCAUUGUCUGUAUGUGGCAAUGUAUGUACUCAUGUUAUUACAUGGGCUAGCCAGGAUAACCGGGCCACCGAAAUUCUGGAAAUACUUCAUUGGUCCUGGGAUCAUAUUCAUUUUGGAUAAAGUAGUGAGUCUGAGGACUAAAUAUAUGGCCUUGGACAUCUUAGAAACUGAACUGUUACCAUCCGAUGUACUCAAAGUGAAGUUCUACCGCCCACCGAACUUUAAGUACUUGUCAGGCCAAUGGAUACGUUUGAAUUGUACUGCACUGAAGUCUACAGAAUAUCAUUCGUUUACGCUGACUUCGGCACCACAUGAAAACUUUUUGUCCUGUCAUAUCAAGGCGCAAGGGCAUUGGACGUGGAAGUUGAGAAAUUUCUUCGAUCCAAGCAAUAUCAAUCCUGAAUUCCAUCAGCCAAAGAUACGUCUCGAGGGUCCGUUUGGAGGUGGAAAUCAAGACUGGUAUAAGUUUGAAGUUGCGGUCAUGGUCGGGGGAGGUAUAGGUAUCACUCCAUACGCUUCUAUCCUAAACGAUUUGGUGUUCGGUACGUCGACAAACCGUUACUCGGGAGUUUCCUGCAAAAAAGUCUACUUUUUGUGGAUAUGUCCGUCACACAAACACUUUGAAUGGUUCAUUGACGUGUUGAGAGAUGUCGAAAAAAAAGACGUGACUAAUGUUUUAGAAAUACAUAUAUUCAUCACUCAAUUCUUCCAUAAGUUUGAUUUGCGAACUACAAUGUUGUAUAUUUGUGAAAACCACUUUCAACGACUGAGCAAAAUGAGUAUGUUUACCGGGCUGAAAGCGGUAAAUCAUUUUGGUAGACCAGACAUGUCAUCAUUUUUGAAAUUUGUUCAGAAGAAACAUAGCUACGUAAGCAAGAUUGGAGUAUUCAGCUGCGGACCAAGGCCGCUGACAAAGAGCGUUAUGACAGCAUGCGAAGAAGUAAACAAGGGUAGAAAGUUGCCAUACUUCAUUCAUCACUUUGAGAACUUUGGAUAAACAGUUAGCGUCUGUUUUUACUUUUACGUUGUGAUCUUUGGCCAUUACAUUUUAUUUUUAGGUGCCUUAUUUCCUAAUUAUUAAAACAUUAAAAUUUGUGUAAAAUACUUUUUUUAUUAUCAUUAAAUUGUAGAUUUAAUUUAUUUACUAUA